UUCAGCUGAAAGAUUAUGUUGUUCCAUACUCACUGUAUGAGAAAACUAGACUGUGUUUUGGGCGUUUUGAUACGCGUGCGUGUGCAAUAAUAACGAAGUCGCAUGUCAUAUUUGGAAGCAACUGCCUCGCCAUUUUCUCAAAGAAGCCCUCCAUUUCUAUUUCUCUGUGGUUUCGUUUGUGAGGCUCUACCUCUUGACUUGAAUAUUACUCGAGUGAGGUCAGCAUUGCAUGACUCAAUCGUGGAUAAUCAUGCAGUCAUUUCUGUACUAUUGCUUUGGACCUUGCAGUUGUUCUUAGUGUCACAUUAAAACAACGCACACGGUGUUCUCUGAUGAAUAAGCAACAAGCAAACCUAAAAGACUGCUCAACCCGACUUGAUAUCCCAGGAUCUGUGGAAUUAGCAGAGAAGAAAAAAGAAAAUCAACAUGUUUGACAGACAAUGUAGCGAAACUGUUAUUUUUGCUCAAGAGAUGGUGCAGUUUUGUGUUUUAAAGCUGACCUGUAUUCCUACCACGUUGAGUAGAUUUGGAUGACCAUUAACUUGCAUAAAACUUGUCAAGGGUCAGAGUGAGACUCCAAUACAUUUCAUUAUACCAUAGGGAACUUUGUGUGGUUUAGGGGUUUGAACUCUUGUUUAUUUAUCUUUGUUCAUGAAAAUCAUGAGUUUGCAACCUCAACAGAAACCGAACGCAAAGAGGACCGGAAAACGUAUCACUUUCUUUAACGAUCAAGGUGUGGCGAUGAAAGAGGCCUCUCAGCAUUCAGAGUCCUCAGCAUAUUGUGGCAUUGGGGUCACUCCCUCGGGGCCAGGCCAUAAUGACGCUGGGGUUUUGGAAAGCUCUAAUGCAGAAGCACCACAUAUGUACCUCAAUUCUGUCAUUUUUAGCCCAGAGAAGGGUGAUCAAAGCCGUGGGCACUACCAACAGACAAUGCCCAUGAAGUGGGCACACCAAGACCCAUCUUUGCAGCCUCAACAGAGAGCAAACAAUUGGUCACAAGGUGUGACAGCUUGGCCCCAGAACUUUACCCCUUACUUUGGGGCGCAGACUGUUUUUGCAAAGCAGAUGCAUGAGAGCAUGUCAAUACAACAACAGCAGCAGCAGCAACCUGAGCCAUCUACCAUUAGGGCAACAGAAAAACAAGGCGCUGACAUAAGCAAAGACAGCUUCAAGGAUGCCACCAAAACCAGCCAGUGCAUGGAGUGGGAGCAGCAGCAAAACUUUCAGCAGACGCAAAAGCCUGGUAUGUUGAAUCCACAGCAGCAAGGACAGUCUACUACUGGGAAUUCUGUGCUUCAACCCUUUCAGUUAGCCUUUGGACAGCCAAAGCAGAACUUGGUAGCAGGUUACUAUAAGGUUGUUCAGAGCAAUCGGACCUUGCCAAAUUUAAAUUACAGUACACAGACGAAUUCCCAACAUCACCUUCAACAACUUCAGCAACAGGAGCAACAGCAAAAAAUUCAGCAGAUGCGGCGACAGAUAAUGCUUCAGCAGCAGCAAGAACAGCUAGAACGCCAGAUACAGCAACAGGAGCUUCAACAUCAAAAACAGUCACGACAAGUACCACCAUCACAACCAGCACAUCAACAGAAAAUACAGCCUCCACAACAGCAAGUACAACAACAGCAUUUGCAACAAAUUCAACUGGACUUUGUGAAACAGCAACAAAAAUUUGAACAGCCUCAUCAGAACCAACAUGUAGUGGACAAUUACCCUGAUGGUCAGAAGCCACAUGCACCCUCUUUUGAUCGGCAUCAUCCUCCGUUAAAAGGACAGUGCCAGGAGACAACCGAUCCUCCGUCAACACUGUCUCAGGAUUCUGUUUCCCCUACGGUUUCUCAUCAAUCCAUUGGGACUCAACAACCUGGGCCCAGGAGAUCACGUCGGCUUUCUAAAGAGGGUGGAGGUCCUGCCUCUGAUAACCCGUUUAUCAUGCCAACUGAUCAUCAUACUCAAGGCUCUCAGAAUGGGGCUUCUGAUACCAAUAUGGCGCAAGACAUCAGGGCCGCUCCAACUGGUGUAAUCCAGAGCACGCGGCGUAAGAGAAGGGUAUCGCAAGAGGUCAACCUGGAAACCUUGGCUCAGAAGGCUUCGGAAAGGGAAUCUCUUCCUUCACAUAGUAUUAAGCAAGAGCCACACAGGCCCUGGAGUCCGCCUGUGGCCCCAUCAGGUCCAGGUCGAGGGGCAGAUGAGGUGGAUCUGGUGAGUGCCAAGCGGCAAGAUGAGAGCCUCAUGCCACUGGUCAUCCCAGUUUCUGUACCAGUGAGGCAGACUGAUUCCUCAUCCCCAGAUCACGAGCAGGCUUCUCUCUCAGCCAGUUGGCCAUCACGGCCUUUGUGGUCUUACGACAUGAGCUGCUCUGAGUACAAGACCUCUGUGAUUGUUACCCGGCGGCGCUCUCUACGGAACUCUCUGUCUGAGAGCUCAGGGCAGAAUGGUGGAACAGAGAGUGGAAGUGACGCAGAUGGCAAAUUCAAAGCCAAACGACGGCCUCGUCCAGAACCACUCUUUAUUCCUCCACCUAAACUUGGCACUUUCAUCGCCCCACCAGUGUACUCCAGCAUCACGCCGUACCAGAGCCACCUACGAUCACCUGUCCGCUUGAUCGACAACCCCCUCAACAUGCCACCCUACACUCCCCCGCCCAUCCUCAGUCCUGUUCGAGAGGGCUCAGGUCUUUACUUUUCCACCUUCCUUUCGGCUGCUGCUGCCGCAUCGGCAAAUAAUCAGGGGCUGCCCCCACCUGCAACGCCAAAGUCAGCCACCCGCAGCCUCCUGCGCUCCAACAGCAGUGAUAUAACACCUCCAGUGCUCUCUGCUAUGAGUGAGGCUACACCUGUCAGCAUUGAGCCUCGGAUAAACAUUGGAUUGCGGUACCAGGCGGAGGUUCCAGAGCUCAGAGAGCGUUCGAUUGCUCAGCACGACCUACACAAGGCUGAACUGGUGUGGGCGCCACUGCGUGACCUGGAGGCCAAUCCUGAACUACUUCAGAGAGUGGAUUACCUCAUGCACCUGGCUUGCUCUAGUGCAUUGAGCGGAGGAGGGACCAAUCAGGAGCUGGCCAUGCACUGUCUGUAUGAAUGCAAGGGUGACAUCAUGGGUGCCCUCAGCUGUCUGUUGUCAAAAAAAACCAUCUUUCCCAAAACGCACCCCCUGUCCAACUACCACUACUCGGGCUCUGACAGCUGGACGGCAGAUGAAAGGCGUUGCUUCAAUAAAGGCAUUGCUGCCUACAAGAAGGAUUUCUUCAUGGUGCAGAAACUGGUGAGCUCCAAAACAGUGGCUCAGUGUGUGGAGUUUUACUACACGUAUAAGAAGCAAGUGAAGAUCGGCAGGAACGGAACGCUCACAUAUGGAGAAGCAGAACCGCUAGAUACAAAACCCACAACAGAGGAGGAAGUGGACAAUAAAAGUUCACAGAAAUUUGAAUCACGGAAAGAAGAGGAGGAAAGCAGGAAGUGGGAAGGGUCAUGUGACAGAAAGCAAGAAAACAGCCCAGGCAGGGUGACACAAUCUCUACAGUCCACUGAACAUGCUGCUGCCGUUCUGGUUUUAAGAAGUCAGGAGGACAGCGCGAGAGUUCCGUCAAUGUUGGCAGUCAGUCAUGUGCCGACACCACCAUCUAAACCUCGCUCUGACACCACAGGCCGAAAGAGUGGGGCUGGCAGUACGGGAAAGGGACAGACUAACCAGGAGGGUGAAUUCCCCUGCAAGAAGUGUGGCAGGAUCUUCUUUAAGGUAAAAAGUCGCAGUGCCCACAUGAAAAGUCACGCUGAGGCGGAGAAGAAAGCGGCAGCACUCAGACAGAGAGAGGAAGAGCAGCGCGUGGCGGCAGCCGCAGCAGCAGCAAUGUUAGCCGCCCAGCAGAAUGGAGCGAUGGGGGCUGGAACACGGAGAGCUAGCAGUGAUGACUCCUCAGAGGAAGAGGAGGAUGCAGAUGAUGAAGACUGGCGCUAGCUAAAACUCUCCCUCAUAUGACUGAGAAAAAAAAAAAUAUUGUAUUUAUUUUUAAUUUACAAGCCAACAAGACGCAUCCCAAAAGAACAGCUUCAGGGACUGGCACUCAGAGAGAGAGAGAGAGAGAGAGAGAGAGAGAGAGAGAGAGUGAGUGAGUGAGUGAGUGAGUGAGUGAGUGAGUGAGUGAGUGAGUGAGUGUAUGUAUGUGAGUGUGUGAGAGAGAGAGAUAAAGUGAGUAGAUGCUGUAGAAGCAUUCAGGGGCUUAACGUUCAGAUAUAGGGCUAUCGGGACUGUAAGCCAUGCCAUCUCCGUGUGUGUCUAUAAAAUUCACUUUUCAGAAUCAUCCAACACACUGAUCUGGCCACAGCACAUCUAUUCAGCGUCUGAGCACAGAACUCACUUAUUGUUCUACUUUAAAACCUACCAUUAUGGAUUCAAUGACACAAAACAACAGUGUGUGUGUGGACUUUUACUUUUGGGGCAAGUUUAGUACCUGUUUCUAAAUGAAAAUGACCAUUUCUCUUCCAUGUGUCUGCCAAAAUGCUUGCACAGCUGUGCUUGUACGACUGGUCUUUUGAAUCUCCAGUGCUGUAAUAUUUAGGCUUUGUGUCUGGAGUAUCUCGCUGAUGCCUUUUGAUAUUUUUGACACUUUCUAUCGUUACGACAAUCACUUUUACAAAGGUCCCUUUUUUUAUACUCCACAGAUUAUAAUGGUUGUCCUUAAUAUAAUCAUUUUUUGUCGUUCAUUAUUAUUAUUAUUAUUAUUAUUAUUAUUAUUAUUGUUGUUGUUUUACUAUUGAAUUUGUACUAUUUUAUCAUAAUUUUUGAAGGGGGUGGAUUUCUUUUUCUCAUCUGACUUUUAGUUUUAGACAUUUGCUACCUGUGUUUAAGUGAGAAUUGCAUAUGUUUGUUGAGGGCAUGAUUAUAAAAAAAGACAUUUUAAGUGCAAUAGCAAUAGUGGGUCUUUUGAGUUGUGCUUAAAAUGGUUUUAUUUGAUUCUUGGCAUCUUUGAACAAAGUUCUGCUUAAAAUGGUUUUAUUUGAUUCUUGGCAUCUUUGAACAAAGGUAUUAUAAGUUAAUCAUCUUAUAUUUUGGUGUAAGAACAAAUGUUUCCUUAUCUGUUGAGUGGAAGUGGGAUCUGUUGGCUUGUGAGUUUAAGGGCAGUUGCGAGCAGCUCGUAUUUCUGUCUCUGCCAGCCAAACACUUAAGCACUUGGCUUUGUCUCCAUGGCAACAAAGAGUCUUCUUUAAAGGAUGGAGACACAGGGGAGUUCACAGGCAACAGUAACAACUCCAAUUUUUGCUAAUCACAGUCAAGUCUUCUAUGCAGUGUGUGUAUGAAUGUGUGUUUGUUUGUUUAUUUGCAUGGGUGUGCAUGCGUGGUUGUGUGUAGGUGAUGCACCAAUAUUCAAAACGGUUUCAAACUCAAAGCCAAGUGAGAAAAAGAAGCUUCCUGGACUAUUUAAUGUCUUUUUGUUUGAUAUAUAUAUAUAUAUAUAUAUAUAUAUAUAUAUAUAUAUAUAUAUAUAUA